GCAAUUCAACCAACAGGAUCUUCAAAUUCAUAUGAUGAUGGUAAUCAGACGAUUAAAACUCACCAAACCUCACCACCUCCACCUCUCAACGACAACGAAAACGAAAACCACCGUUUCACCUCCGACUCCAGUGGACCAAAACCACCUCCUCCGGGUAUGCACGAUCCUCUACCAACAGCAGAACUCGCUGGAUUCCCGCCUUCACGUCAGCCUCUCCUCCUGCACCUUCGACCUCACCCACGAAUUCUUCCUCCAAGUCUGCAAUUCAUUCCCCUACUCCUGGCGUCCUGUCUAUCGCUUCUUCCUCUACACCCGUUCCGACCCUCUCUUCUCUCACUCCUCCACCUCCUUCAACAAGAUGCUCGACGUUAUUAGCAAAUCCAGAAACAUCGAUCUCUUCUGGGAGGUUCUCCAAGAUAUGGCCAAACGUGGAUUGGUGAAUGACAAGACUUUUAGGAUUGCUCUCAAGACUCUAGCUUCAGUCAGAGAGCUCAAAAAAUGUGUGCAAUUCUUCCGUUUAAUGAAUGACAAUGGGUUUGAGUACAGUUUGGAUACUCUGAAUAUAGUGCUGGAGAUAUUGUGUAAGGAUAAGCUGGUUGGGGAAGCCAAGUACGUGGUUUUGAAGCUGAAAGAGUUUAUAAAACCGAGUGAGGUCACUUAUGGGUGGUUAGUGAUGGGGUUUUGUGAGAUGGGUGACUUGAUUGAGGCUUCAAAAGUGUGGAAUUUGAUGGUGGAAGAAGGGUUAGAGCCUGGUGUCCAAGUGUUUGAGAAAAUGAUGGAGACCCUUUUCAAGAACAACCGAUAUGAUGAGGCAAUGAAGGUGUUUAGGACUAUGAGAGUGAUGAGGAAGGAUGAUUUAAGUCUUUCAACUUACAGGCUAGUCAUUGAUUGGAUGUGCAAAAAGGGCAAGGUUAUGCUAGCCAAUAUGGUGUUUGAUGAAAUGCUUAAGAGAGGAUUUCAAGAAGAUGAUUCAACAUUGGCUUCGCUGAUUGACGGGCUUUUGGCGAGGGCGAGAGUUAGAGAGGCUUAUAAGAUUGCCAGAGGGAUUUCGAGACCUGAAAUCGGUGUUUACCAUGCAUUAAUAAAAGGGCUUCUGAGGCUGAAAAAGACUAGUGAAGCAACUCAAGUGUUCAGAGAGAUGAUAAGGAGGGGGUGUGAGCCUACAAUGCAUACUUACAUUAUGCUAUUGCAAGCGCAUUUGGGGAAGAGAGGGAGGAAGGGACCAGACCCAGUAGUGAACUUCGACACUAUUUUUGUUGGAGGUUUGGUUAAAGCGGGGAAGUCGUUGGAAGCCACCAAGUAUGUGGAGAGAACACUUAGUGGAGGAGUUGAGGUACCAAGAUUUGAUUACAACAAAUUUUUACACUAUUACUCAACCGAAGAAGGUGUAGUUAUGUUUGAGGAGGUCGGGAAGAAAUUAAGGGAGGUAGGCUUGGUCGAUUUGGCAGAUAUAUUGCGGAGAUACGGAGAAAAAAUGGCUACUAGAGAGAGGAGGAGAGAUAGGCCAGUUUGAGCCAGAAUAUGGUCUUGGAUUCUUCUUAUUGAAGACCACUUUUGCUUCCCAUUCCAAACAUGUACUCUCUAACGGGGAAUAUUUAUGUAGCAUAUGAGUUCAUGGAGUGGACUUGUUAGAAGUCCAAAUGAACAAAGCAAAUGAGUAUUUUCUCAAUUUUAGUAUUUUACUUAAUUUUUUUUAUUUUUUUUUUUUCCUGUUUAAGAGAUCUGGGUUAGUAUUUUCUUAUUCUGUCUUUGUGAAGGGCCGAAUUUUAUAGAACUUGGGUGUUUUAAGCUUCUCG